AUGGAGGAAAUGAAAUAAAAUUAUCUCGAUAGAUUAAACAAUCUUCAUUAAUUUCUCUAUUGUGAAUUACCAUUAAAGUUGAUGAAUCACAAUGAGGAUGAAACUUGUAUCGAUCUGUAAAAUCGCCUGUAUACAUUAAUAGAAACUGGAUACAUCAAGGAAACAGAAUCAUAGUUAUAAUAACUCAUAGAGGAGAACUAUAAAUUGCAUAACAAGGAGAAUGAUAAGUAAUUGAUCAAUGGUCUUUCGACUUCAGAAGCAAGAUAUGUUAAAUAAAUAGCUGAGUUGUAACAUCAGAGGGAUCUUCUCCAGGAUGAAUUAGAAGAAAAAAACUUCAUAUUAAAUUAGAUUGAAUCCAAAAUGGAAAAGUUUGAAUUAUUAUCAGAUAACUUAAUUAAGGCUGAAUAAGCAAUUAAAGAGCUGUCAGAUGAGAACAUGGAAAUAAGCUAGCAAUUACAAUAUGAAUAAGAGAUGAAUUAACAAUAUAAAAACUAGAUAGAGGAACUACAACAAGCAGUAAUGACUAAGGAAGCAUCCUAACGUAAGAUUAUCUCUCCUUCUCAACUCUAUUAAUUGCACGAGUAAGUGGGAUCAUUAAGAAUUGAGUUAUCAGGAUUGUAGGCUGAAGUCAAGAUAAGAGUACAAAUUUUGGAAUAAUUCAGAACUCAAUUGAUGAGUGAUUUGGUAAAGGGAUUCCACACCAUGUUAUCAAAAACUAAAUAGGAGUUGCAAGCUGAGACAAUUGAAGUUAAGAAGCAGCAUUAAUAAUUAAAUGAAAUGACUACUUAAUAGAUCAAUAAACUAAGGAAAGAUGUCUAAUUUUAUAAGGUCCUAGAGGAGGAAUAUUAAACUAAAAUAAAAGAAGUUUUAAAUUAGAAAUCUGAGUUGGAAUCCAGUAUUAAGUUAAAGGAUGAACAAUUAUCAGAUAUAGCAAGCAAAUUAGAUUUGAUACAGUAAAAUAUUGAAUAAACUGAAUUAAACUUUCAAAAUCAAUUGAUAUAAGCAAUCAAUUCAAAGGAAAAAUACAAAAUACAAUUAAACAAUGCUAAGUAAGGACUACUAACAUUGACUGAAAAAGUCUAAUCUUUAGUGUCUUUUAAUCAAAAAUAAAUGAAGUUUAUAGAGGAGAACAUCUAAUUACUGGAAUAAACGAUUCGAGAAGAGAAUCAGGAACUUAUAGAUGGGUUAAGCUAAGAAUUAAAUUAAAGCAUAGAGACUAUUAAAAAAUAACAUUCCAGUAUAAAAUAACUUGAACUAUAAUGUUUGAAAUCUAAUUUCUAAAAGGUAGACUAAACAAAUAAAGGCAUAGAAUAAUAUAAGCAACCAGAAAUUAUGAACAGACAUUUAGAUUUAGAGUAUUUAAAGAAUGAUUGUUCAUUUAUGGGGGAAAGAGUUGUUUACUAGAGAACAGGCAGAUUAGAUGAAUAAAGAAAAUAUUUGGAUGAUUUAAAAUAACUACAUAGAACAACAAAAUCCUAAUUAAAAUUGAAUAGAAAGUAUUGA